CAAAACUGGUUGGUAAAAUACACUAUCCAAAUCCAAAUUAAAUUUUAAAAAGUUCUAUAAUAUAUUAUACCAUUGUUAAUUGAUUUAAACUGAAUUUUUGAUUCCAACGUAAAUUUGGUGGAUAUUUUAUUUCGGUGAAACCAUGAGCAUUUCAAGAGCUAGCAAAGGAGAUGGACCUGGCUACUACAUGCUUCCUUCAACACUGGGAACUUCUGGUCCAUCAUAUAGCUUUGGAGUUCGGCCAGCAGAUGCCUCUGUUCGCAAGAUGCCGGGGCCGCAGAGCUACGACGUGAGUGAGCUGACGAGACACGGCCGCAGCUCAGUGCCUUCCUGCAAACUGGGCGCGAAACUGCAACACGGCAGCUGGUACCCCAAGAAAAAGACUGAAUCCCCCGGUCCUGGAGCUUAUAGUCCGGAGCUGUAUGGAUCAAUCCAGUGGAAUUGUUCCCGGAGCCGUACAACGCUGAAGGAGACAAGCUCCGUGCACAAUCAUUGGGACCAAAAAUGCAGCCAUCAAAACCCAUGGAGGCACAGCGCUGCUGGUUUUGAAUCAAACUAAUAUGGAUUUUAAAAACCCUGAUUGUUAAUGUUCUCUAAAUUAAUUGUUCGAUCAAGUAAACUGAUGCUAAAUAAACUAAUGACAAUAU